AAUGGUACAGCAAGUUCCGAAAACGAGAACUGUCAAUAUACACACGGUGGGGGCUGCAGCGGAGGAAGCAAAAGAAUAAGAAGAAGCAAAAGAAGGCAACGGAGGAGAACGAUUCUGGCGAAAUUUUCACGGCAUAAUUGUGUCCAGCGUGCUGGAGUUAUUGUUGUCCCCGCCGCUACCAUUUGGCCGCAGUUUUGCAGGGGGGGGGAACCUCCCAAACACGCGAAAAACCCCGUGAAUCGACCCGUGUCCCGCAAUUCGUGCGUGUGAAUAAUCUCUGCAAUCACAUCCAUCCCCGUGUCCAAACAGCACCAAACAGCACCCAGAACGGGGUGACAUCUUUACUUUUUUCGCGGUGGAAACAAAGCCCCAGCGAAGUCCGCGACCAACCAAACAAACCCGCUCAAACCGAAAAUCUUCAAUCAAACCUCUCAAAGUGUGCAAUUUUUAUCCCUCCGUGCUUGGUUGUUUUCUCCUGUGUGUUUGUGUGUGUGUGCAGUGUUAUGAACGGUGGUGCGGCUGGCCCGGUGGUCCGCGUUGUAAUGUAAGCUAGGAGGGCACAGUGUGUUGGCGUACCAGUGUCUACCAGAGGACUUUUGUUUGUCCGGGUUGCCCCGAGAAGGGCCCGAGAAGCGACCAGGAGAAGAGACAGCGCACGCAAAAUGCACGACCGAAGGGCGGCCAUGUGCUACGGGCUGGUGUACAUACUCUGCACCCAGGUGCUGUCCACCAACUCACGCACCUCCACCCUGUGGAAGCUAAACACGGAGGAGGGCAAGAUUGUUAGCGGGACCGGCGGUAGCAACUGCAAACUACAGAGUUCCGGUGCGGGCGAAAGCAAGAUGACCGCAGCUGGCGAGAGCGGUUCCACCACCACCACCACCACCGGCAGCGGCAGCAGCAGCAACAACAACAAUGUGGACGAAUCCUUGGUGGACCCGUACCAUCCGGAGGAGGACGAGGAUUCGACGUUUCAAAUCAUCACCAUCACCGCAGCCAACUAUCGAGACAACACGUGGAGGCGGCACGCGCGCGGAAAAUUGAUUGUAAACCUCCCGAAAGCGACGCCGGAAGGUGAGGGGGCGGCGGCAAACCACAAGGCAACUGCGACCCACCCGACCACCAGCCCGGAAUCGGCGGACGUGCUGGACUGUGGCAAACCGGUCAACUUUACCUACUACGACGAUCUGAUCGGCGUGGCCCAGCGGUACAGCCAUCCGGUCGUGCCCGAGCCGGAGGUCGCGUUCCUCUUUCUCAAGAAGAAGGGCCCGAAGUCGCUGAAAAACUUCGACAUCGAUGCGCUCGAGCGGCGGCUCCGCAAGGCAAAGACGGAGAAACCGCGGUCGGUGCAGCUGUACAACCAGAUCGGCAACUUUUGGCGAAUAAAGGGCGACGCCCGGCACUCGAUCGAGUGCUUUCGCAGCGCGCUCGCGAUGGCACCGACCAACGCGGAGGUGCUGCUCAACCUGGCCCGGGUGCUGUUCAACCUGCAGUACCUGGACGAUGCGAUACAUCUCACCAGACGCUCGCUGGAGGUGCAGCCGAGGGAUCGCAGCGCCUGGCGGCAGUACUUUACGCUCGGCGAAAUUUUCAAAGCGUACGGCCACUUCCAGGAGUCGGUGAACCAUCUGCGCCAGGCGCUGGAACUCUACCCGCAGUACGAACCGAUCAAGAAGGCGAUCGCCGACGUGGAGAACAUUUCCGCCUCCUCGCUACACAUCUUUACCGUCAUCAUCAUCAUUUUCCUGGUGAUGUGCGUGCUGUAUGUGAUCCUUUCGUCGAACGAAAGCAGCCAGAACAACCAUGAGCUGGAGCAGAAGGCGGCCCGCCACUUUAACCGUGCGAUGGCGAUGCGCUCGCUAAAGGGCUUCACCCAGCGUUCGUUUAAAAAUAGAAAGUAAACCUCCCCCUGCUCGAGACGCAAGAUCCUAGCACCACCUUCCCGCGGUAACGGAAGGGUUGGUUAUUCCGCGCGAAGUAACGCGGGGCAGCAGACGAUGAUAGGUCGCUAGCAAAUGCGAGAAACUAGAUGGAGAAAGCUAAUCUCUCUGUAGCGCGAUGAGUCGCACAGAUCUAUAUACAUGUAUAUGUAGGGGUUUGUGAGUGUGUGUUUGUGUGCGGGUUUGAGGGUGUGUUUGCGGGUGCGUAGAUCGCGCUUGGUGGAAAUGCGGAAAGUCUUGCGGCUAGGAUGUUGCGCAUCAAAAACAGUGGUGGCGUGUGCUGCAGCAGGAUGGUAGGAGAUUUAUAGUUUGUAAGCAAAAAUUGAGAUUCGUGAAAAUCUUCCAAUAUGCCACACCGAAUACGCCCGCUCACACACACAAUCGCACACACACAGACACACGUCCACACACUAAACCGCGUGCAAAGUGGAGGACAGGAAAAGGGCAGGCAAACAGUUUUUGACCGCGAGAGAAGGAGCAAUUCCAAUUGGAAUCCAAACUUCGUAUUGAGAUCAUAUAGUAAUCGUGCGCGAAGGCAGCAGGAAAAGAAAGCAUAGCAAAGAACAAACAAAAACACACACACACACACACACACACACACUCACACAGAAAUUGCUAAUCUAAUUACUAUUACACUAACUAUUGCAACACCUACUAUUGUAAAACGGCUGGUGAGGUGAGGCUGCGGCUGAGAUAGGCGCAAUAGGCGCCCCCAGAAUAGAGUUGGUUGGUGUCUGUGUGUGUAUGUGUGUGUUACACAAUCGCCGCCCAGUAUCCAUCCCAUCUUAAUAAUCCCCGCUCGCCCUCCCCCCCCCCCCCCAAAAAAAAGGAGAGUGGCCUGUGUGCCGUUUUGGAAAGGAAUGCGUGCGCGCUCGUUCGUAGGAUCGUUCGAAUUAAGAAGCUUCACUUCUGCGUUGCGGGUAGAGUUUGUGUUGAGAUUAGUGCAUGUGAUCGUCAUUAUUUUUCGGAUUAAUUUUUUUUAUCCUAUUAUUUGACGUAAACGCAAGCGUUAACGUUUCUGCUAGCGGACAGACUACACUGCCCUCCAAUAUCGUUCACACACACACACACACACACACUCUCACACAGACACACAACACACCAAGCCCCCCGGAUUCGGUAUUAAGCAUUAACCGUUACACUUCGCCAGUACAAGUACAACCGAGCAGGAGAGAUUCGCCGAAGAAGAAAAAGAGAAUGAAAUUCCGUACUUUUUUUUUUUUAAAGAAAAAACAAUCCAAAAUAAUUAUGUGUUUUUGUUGCGUUUAUUAUUUUCAUUAUUUGUUUGUGUUAAAGAAAAGCUUUCGGAGCGUAGGAAGUGGGGCGGCAAGGAAUCGGUUGAUGGAAUGAGGAUGCGUAGUGAGGAAUUCCUUUUUUCUUUUCCGUUGAAGAAUAGAAUUGUGAUACAA